AUGUAUGACAGCGUGCCGCCGCUGCUGGGCGCGCGCGUCGUCGGCAAGACCUCGGCGCCCACCUAUUCCCUGUACGGCCGCAGCGCGGUGGGCAGCUGCUUCGAGGACCUCAGCAAGACCCCGGGCCCGUGCGCCUACCACGUGGUGAGCCCCGCCGUCUACAAGGCCCGCGCCCCCCAGUUCACCAUGCUGGCGCGCACCUCGCUGCCCCGGGACAGCACCGUGAAGCCGGGGCCCGCCGCCUACAACGUGGACCAGCACCGGAGGACUCACGGCUGGAGCUUUGGGAUUCGGCACUCGGAGUACCUGGCCCCUUUGGUGACCGACGUGGACUGAAAACCCGCGGGGCGGGCGGGGGAGCCGGGGAGGCCCCACAGUCGUUUGCUUAAAGCUUCGGAGCCGACA